CAAAUACGACGGUAGCUUGCGCAAAGACGAGGCUAGACGCUCCUGGUCAGCACGAGUGAGUCACCGCGGGGCUUAAAUAUCACACCACGAUUCUGGUCAAUAUUUAUUGUUUUGACAGGAAUUUCUAUACCAUUACCAAUGGAUAUGAACACCACCACGAAAAUGGCCCCAGCCCUACCCGCAAAUAUCGAAAUCCAACCCCUGCGCAUAACAGACCUCAGGGACGUCUACCUUCUCGCCGAGGCUGCCUUCCACGUCAACAACCGGCUGCUCUACACCGGGAAACUAUCCCCAUCGUCAAUCUCAAAUCUAGUAGCCAGCAGGGAAAAGUCUUUCACAGAGAAACACAUCACGGCGUUUAAAGUCGUCGACUCCUCUGCGUUUCCGCCUACAUCCAUCUCAAGCACGCCAAAUGGCGCCGGAGAGGCAAAAGUCGAGGAAAAAGGUAGAAUAAUCGGUUGGGCACAGUGGGCAGUCUACGAAACAGACCAAGUCGUCGACAAGUCCGUUGACGAGAUUGUUGGAGCGCGGCUUGAUCUCGAUAUCCCCGAGCUGAGAAAGGAGGUGGCGGAGCCCUCUUGGAGGAUGAUCCAGGAAGGGAAAAGGGAGAUUCUAGGCGUUUCGCCUGCAGACGCAGGAUAUGGGAAGGUAGUGACAUUGAGGAGGAGGGUUGAGUUGGAAGGUAUCUGCGUGCAUCCCGAUUACCAGAGGAAAGGCAUAGCCAGGGAGCUGUUGAAGUGGGGGACUGAUGAGGCAGACCGGUUGGGGCUGGAUCUUUAUCUUGAGGCGACAGAAGAGGGCAGGCCUGUUUAUGAAAGGGCUGGAUUUGAAGCUAUCAAGGAAGAGCGGUUUGAGUGCGAGUUUGGGGCGGCGCCGUUCACUUUUAUGAUACGGCCGCCGCGAAAACGGUCAAUUGAAGAGGUUUCUAAUUAGAUAAUAAACGAUAACAGACAGAAUCUAAUGACAUUAGGC